AUGGAUUCAGUGUCCACUCGCGCCGUGCUCCAUGCUCUAUUUCGUGUGUCUAUCAUUCUCGCACUCCUGCCAGCGACCACGGAAAGAUAUUUCCCGUUCCAUGUCCUAACGAGUAUUGUUGUGUCGGCACUUGCCUUCCUCUCCCUGUCAUCUGCCGCCACCGAAAAAUGGAUAUCCGUCAACAGCUCGACUACCAAGGAAGACAAACGAAAAGCCGUGGUCUCCUCGAGCACUCUCUUCCGCACCCGGGCUCUUGGCAUUCUGGCAGGCACCCACCUGCUGGCCGUCGCUUGCAUCUGUCCUAGCGACGACCCGCUUCGCCAUGUGGCUAUCCGAGUGCUGGCUUUCUUCAACGCUGCCAAAGUCUUAGACAUGGCUGUUGCCAGAGCUGCAGAUCCCCCUAUGCGACUGGAAAACGGCGUACCCAUCAAGGUAGAAGGCCUUAAACGAAGGACAGAAUAUAUCUGGCUCUUGGCUUCUGAAACGCGAUAUCACUCCUUCGACAUCGCCAUCCACGAACCCGGACGCAAAGCACCAAGAGACAAACUCUGGACUUACGGGCCUCUCGCUGUCGUUCCCGUGGCCAUAUACUUCUUCCCGAGAUGUGUAGGGUUGUACGUCUUCUUAGGCUUGCUGGUCAUCCAAAUGAGCUUGGAGCUUACACACACGAUCAUGCAUCCUGGAUGCGAACACCCGCUGUUCUGGCAACCUCUGUCCGCAAGGUCCUUUGGAGAGUUCUGGAGGGUGCAUUGGCAUUCUUCUGCAGCGUCUUUCUUGUAUACCCUGGGAUACAAACCUGUCAGGGCUGUGGCAUCGGAUUAUUUCGGAAAGGAUGUCAGCAAGGCAGGCGGGGUGCUGGGCGCUUUCUGCGUUAGCGGGAUAUGGCAUGGCUGGGCGGCUGCGGCUUUGUCGACAACGCCUUGGAGGACUGGAACUCUCGCCUGGGCGAUGUUCAUGGGUCACGGAAUCGCGGUUGUGGUUGAGAAUCUCCUGCCGAAGGCUGAUGGGCCUAGCUGGGCGAAGAGGAUAUUCGGAUGGACCAUUGCGCUAUGGGUCGCAGGGUUGUGGAUCAAAGAUGCAAUGCCGAGAAGUAAUUUGCCUCUCAUGGUGAGGCUUGGAGAGAUUUUGGAAGGAUGA